AUGCGGCUGCUGUACGCUUUGUCGACGGUCCUCGCAGCCUCGACGCUGUCGGCGGCCGCUGAGCAAAAGCCCAGCGGUCUGUCCCUGACCGAUGCCAUCUCCCAGAUGCCCCCAUGCGCGCUGUCGUGUCUACUAAAAGCUGUCGGCGAGGUCGGCUGCGACCCCCUCGACAAGACGUGCAUCUGCAAGACCAACUUCCACACCAUCGAAGAGACUGCCUCGCCAUGCAUCAUCAAAGCCUGCACAUUCACCCAAGCCAUGCGUAAGAACCCCGCCCACUCCCUCCUCACAAAACCCUCGCCUGGUGACCAGCCCACUGACUCUACUUCCCAAACAGAGGCGCGAAACCUCACCGCGCGGUCCUGCGACGCCCCCGUGCGCGACAAGACGGCCCGCUACAACGUCAUGGCCGUCACGCUCGGCGUCAUCACCAACCUGCUCGUGGCGGUGCGCCUCGUCUUCAAGCGCUUCUUCAGCUACCGCCAGGCGCUCGGCUGGGACGACUACACCAUCAUCGGCGCCGUGCUGCUCGGCAUCCCCGCCACCGUCAUCAACAUCCACGGGCUCACCGCCAGCGGCAUGGGCCGCGACGUCUGGACCCUGACCGUCGACGAGGUCAACCGCUUCGGCGCCUACUUCUACACCAUGGAGGUGCUGUACCUCGCCGAGAUUGCCUGCAUCAAGCUCAGCCUCUCCGUCUUUUACCUCUACAUCUUCCCGGGCGAGCGCACCCGCCGCCUGCUGUGGGCCACCGUCGUCUUCAACGUCGCGUCGGGCAUCGCCUUUGUCGUCGCCGGCGUGGUGCAGUGCAUCCCGAUCCCCUUCUUCUGGCACAAGUACACGGAUCCCGCGGCCAAGGGCCACUGCAUUGAUAUCAAUACGUUUGGCUGGAGCCAUGCCGCCGUCAGCAUCGCCGUGGAUCUGUGGCUGAUUGCCAUUCCUCUCAGUCAGCUGCCAAAGCUGCAGUUGCACUGGGAAAAAAAGGUUGGCGUGACUUUGAUGUUCCUGCUGGGUACUUUUGUCACCGUCGUGUCCAUCCUUCGCCUCCAGUCCCUCAUCUACCUCGCCCGAUCCUUCAACCCUACAUGGGAUCAAUGGAUCGUUGCCUGGUGGUCCACCAUUGAAGUCCAUGUUGGCAUGAUCUGUGCCUCCUUGCCGACCCUCCGUCUUGUGCUGGUGCGCAUGUGGCCUCGUGUAUUUAGUACCAACAUCUCGCGCAGCAAGUCCAUCACGGAGCGCAACACAAGACCAAGCAGCACUAGUUAUAUCAUCCAGAGUAAAGAAGUCACUCUGUCGUCGAUUGAGAUUGAGCUAGGCGCUACAAGCAGCCCAGAAAUCCGACCUGUCCCUCCCCCAAAAAACGAUUUCUCGCCGCCAUCGCCGCGACCGUUCGUUCCACCAAAGGAUUGGUAG